AUGUUGGCCCAUAACGAACAAGCCAUGGCCGCCGCUGCCGAUGUCACCACCGCCGCCGCCGUCGCCGCUGGUCUGAGCGCCUCGAAUGCAGAUGCAUCGUUGAAGACCAAGACCCAUCUCCAAGUCGAUCAACUGAAAUCAUCAUCGCUGGGCGGUCUCCAAUCCUCCGCCUCGUCAACCCAUACUGUCGCCAGCAACCACUCCCACGGCUCCUCCCACUCCCAGCAAAGCCACCACCACAGCCAUUACCCGCAGCAGUCUCACCCGGGUAUCCACCACAGGGCCUACCACCCAGACCCAGAACUGCUCUAUCACGACACUGGAAUCGAUUACAACCAUGUCCUCAUGAACCGUAACGCGUCGGUCGCAAAGUUGUACGAGGAUGCAUUGAGAUAUGAGGAGGGGACGAUUAUCUCGAGUGCCGGAGCGUUGGUGACGUCUUCGGGAAAGAAGACGGGUCGGUCGCCCAAGGAUAAGCGAAUUGUGGAUGAGUCGUCGACGAGUGAGGAUAUCUGGUGGGGACCUGUGAACACAAAGUUGAGCGAGCAUGCGUUUUUGAUUAACCAUGAGAGGGCGGUGGAUUAUUUGAAUACCAGGGAGAGGCUGUAUGUCUUUGAUGGGUAUGCUGGCUGGGAUCCCAAGUACAGGAUCAAGAUUCGUGUGGUCUGUGCCCGAGCAUACCACUGUCUCUUCAUGCGCAACAUGUUAAUCCGCCCCACUGACGACGAACUCGAAGAAUUUGGCGAACCCGACUUCACGAUCCUCAACGCAGGCGCCUUCCCCGCCAACCGCUACACGACCGGCAUGACAUCCACCACCUCUGUCGACAUCAAUUUCAAACGUCGCGAGAUGGUGAUCUUGGGGACCGAGUAUGCGGGGGAGAUGAAGAAGGGAGUUUUCACAAUCAUGCAUUACUUGAUGCCCAAGGCUGGGGUUCUGUCGUUGCAUUCUUCGGCGAAUCAGGGCCAGGAAAAGGAUGAUGUGACGUUGUUCUUUGGGUUGUCGGGCACGGGCAAGACGACGCUCUCGGCGGACCCGCGGAGGCAUCUGAUUGGAGACGAUGAGCACUGUUGGUCGGACAAGGGCGUCUUCAACAUCGAGGGUGGAUGUUAUGCCAAGUGUAUUGAUCUUUCGGAAGAGAAGGAGCCCGAGAUCUUUGGAGCGAUCCGGUUUGGAUCGGUCCUCGAGAACGUCGUCCUGGACGAGGAUACGCGUCAAGUCGAUUAUAAGGACAACUCCCUUACCGAGAACACGCGUUGUGCUUACCCGAUCGAGUAUAUCCCAAACGCGUUGAUCCCCUGUAUGGCCGGGCACCCCAAGAACAUCAUCAUGUUGACCUGUGAUGCCUUUGGUGUCCUCCCUCCCGUGUCUCGUCUGACCCCUGCCCAGGCCAUGUAUCACUUCAUCUCAGGUUUCACCGCCAAGAUGGCGGGCACCGAAGACGGCGUCACCGAACCCGAAGCGACCUUUUCUGCAUGCUUCGGACAACCCUUCCUAGUCCUCCACCCAACCCAAUACGCGACCAUGCUGGCCUCCAAGAUCGAGGAGCACAAGGCCGACGUCUGGCUCAUCAACACCGGCUGGACAGGAGGAGCCUACGGAAAGACCGGCCAACGCAUCUCCCUCAAAUACUCCCGAGCCAUCAUCGACGCCAUCCAUUCCGGAGAACUCAAGAAGGCAGAGUACCAGACCUACCCAGUGUUCGGACUAGAGAUCCCCAAGGCGAUGGCUGGUAUCCCCGGGGAUGUGUUGAACCCUGCGGAGGCUUGGAAGGGUGCGGAGGCGAAGAAGGACUUUGAGGGGACGGUGACGAAAUUGGCGGAAUUGUUUAGGGAGAAUUUCGCAAAGUAUGCAGAUCAGGCUUCGGAGGACGUCAUUGCUGCUGGACCCAAGGUCUAG